CCCUGGGAUUUUCCAGGCAAGAGUACUAUUCAGAGGCAAGAUAGACCAAUUCUCCACCUUCACGCCUCCACUGGCCCCCAGAGGGCGCAGCGUCACCCGAAGUUCCGCCCAAAGCGAGGCGGGGCCUGAUCAUCUGUACGCAGGCGCACAGUGAGCCUUGGGCUCUCGCAGCUGCUCAUUGGUUCCUCUGCCCGCCGCGGGGGCUGGGCUGGGCCGUGAAAAUGGCGUGCGCAGGCGCAGGACCGGCUUCGGGCGCGUGAGCUGUCCUGGGGACCGGAAGUUGAGGCGAUCUCGGCGGUUAGCGAGGGCCUGCAGCCCCAGGAUGAACUUGUGUCCAUCCCAGAGGUCACCACAGGAGUCGUGAGGUGCCCUGUGCGUCACUAGCCUGACCCAGGCCGCAGGCCAUUUGCUCUGCCAACUCCUGUGUCGAUCCUGUAGCACCGCUGAAGAGGAGAUUAGCUCUUGGAGGAGAAAGUGCUGCCUUCUUGCCGGCACUGGCCUCUCACUGCAGCAAGUGGGAAAUGUCCCAGAAUAUUUGGUCUAGGGGCUCAGAACUGAGGCCAGUUUUGUGACAGCCCUGGGACUGGCCACAGCAUGUCGCCUCCCAGAACAAGGGAGGGCAGGGGUCCCCGGGACCGACCCCGGGCUCCCAGUCCUGAAGCGGCCCCAGAGAAAUGGAACUGGAAUUGUCCCGAGACACGGCGCCUCUUUGAGGAUGCCUUCUUUGGCGAUGAGGAUUAUAUCCGGCAGGGUUCUGAGGAGUGUCAGAAGUUUUGGACGUUCUUUGAACGCUUGCAGAGGUUCCAUAAUCUCAAGACCACCAGGAAGGAGGAGAAAGAUGCCAGGCAGCCCAAGCACAGCCACCCAGCACUGGCCGACUUGCCUCGUGCCUACGACCCUCGCUACCGCAUCAACCUCUCCAUUCUCGGCCCGGACGCUCGGGACUCUUGGGGGCCGGGCGGGCGCCUGCCCCCGGAGAGAGUGUCCGAGUUCCGCCGAGCCCUGUUGCACUACCUGGACUUCUGCCAGAAGCAGGCGUUUGGGCGACUGGCCAAACUGCAGCGGGAGCGGGCGGCACUGCCCAUUGCCCAAUACGGGCACCGCAUCCUGCAGACGCUGAAGGAGCAUCAGGUGGUGGUGGUGGCGGGCGACACAGGCUGCGGCAAGUCCACCCAGGUGCCCCAGUACUUGCUGGCCGCUGGCUGCAGUCACGUGGCCUGCACCCAGCCCCGGCGAAUUGCCUGCAUCUCACUGGCCAAGCGUGUUGGCUUCGAGAGCCUCAGUCAGUACGGCUCACAGGUCGGCUACCAGAUCCGUUUCGAGAGCACGCGCUCGGCGGCCACGAAGAUCGUGUUCCUGACGGUGGGGCUGCUCCUCCGGCAGAUGCAGCGGGAGCCCAGCCUGCCCCAGUACCAGGUGCUGAUCGUGGACGAGGUGCACGAACGGCACCUCCACAACGACUUCCUCCUGGGGGUCCUCCGGCGCCUGCUGCCCCAGCGGCCCGACCUCAAGGUCGUCCUCAUGUCGGCCACCAUCAACAUCUCGCUCUUCUCCAGCUACUUCGGCAAUGCCCCGGUGGUGCAGGUGCCGGGGCGGCUCUUCCCCAUCACGGUCGUAUACCAGCCGCAGGAGGCUGAGCCGACCACGUCCAAGUCAGAGAAGCUGGACCCGAGGCCCUUCCUCAGGGUGCUGGAGGCCAUCGACAAUAAGUACCCCCCCGAGGAGCGGGGCGACCUCCUGGUGUUCCUCAGCGGCAUGGCGGAGAUCAGCGCGGUGCUCGAGCCCGCCCAGGCCUACGCCAGCCACACCCAGCGCUGGGUGGUGCUGCCGCUGCACAGCGCCCUCUCUGUGGCCGACCAGGACAAGGUAUUCGACGUGGCCCCCCCUGGAGUCCGGAAAUGCAUCCUCUCCACCAACAUCGCUGAGACCUCGGUCACCAUUGACGGGAUCCGCUUCGUGGUGGAUUCUGGGAAGGUGAAGGAGAUGAGCUACGACCCGCAGGCCAAACUGCAGCGGCUGCAGGAGUUCUGGAUCAGUCAGGCCAGUGCCGAGCAGCGUAAGGGCCGGGCGGGCCGCACGGGCCCCGGCGUCUGCUUCCGCCUCUAUGCUGAAUCGGACUAUGAUGCCUUCGCCCCCUACCCGGUCCCGGAGAUUCGGAGGGUCGCCCUGGAUGCAUUGGUGCUUCAGAUGAAGAGCAUGAGUGUGGGGGACCCCCGAACCUUCCCGUUCAUCGAGCCCCCACCACCAACCAGCUUGGAGACAGCCAUCCUCUACCUCCGGGACCAAGGGGCGCUGGACAGCUCAGAGGCCCUCACCCCCAUCGGGUCCCUGCUGGCGCAGCUGCCAGUAGACGUCGUGAUUGGAAAGAUGCUGAUCCUGGGCUCCAUGUUCCACCUGGCUGAGCCUGUGCUCACCAUCGCCGCCGCCCUCAGCGUCCAGACGCCCUUCACCCGCAGCGCCCAGAGCAACCCUGAGUGCGCGGCGGCGCGGCGGCCCCUGGAGAGUGACCAGGGUGACCCCUUCACACUCUUCAACGUCUUUAACACCUGGGUGCAGGUGAAAUCUGAACGGGGCAGAAACUCACGCAAGUGGUGCCGCCACCGGGGCAUCGAGGAGCACCGGCUAUACGAGAUGGCCAACCUGCGGCGCCAGUUCAAGGAGCUGUUGGAGGACCACGGGCUGCUGGCCGGGGCCCGGGCCCCGCAGCCGGGAGACAGCUAUAGUCGGCUGCAGCAGCGGCGGGAGCGCCAGGCGCUCUACCAGCUGAAGCGCCGGCACGAGGAGGGCACGGGGCGCAAGCGCAAAGUGCUGCGAGUCCAGGACGACCAGGACGGCUGGUCCAGCGAUGAGGACCGGGGUGGCUCAGCCUCCCAGGGGGCCGGCGACAGCGUGGACAUCCAGGACGUGAAGUUUAAGCUCCGGCACAAUCUGGAGCAGUUGCACGCAGCCGCCAGCUCGGCCCAGGCCCUGACUCGGGACCAGAUGGCCCUGCUCAAGCUGGUGCUGGGCCGGGGCCUCUACCCGCAGCUCGCCGUCCCCGACCCGUUCAACAGCGGCCGCAAGGACUCGGACCAGAUCUUCCACACCCAGACCAAGCAGGGCGUUGUGCUGCACCCCACCUGCGUCUUCGCCAACAGCCCCGAGGUGCUGCACGCGCAGGAGCAGGCGGCCAGGGGCAGCGAUGGGAGCCGAGACGACAGGGACAAGAUGAGCAGCAAGCACCAGCUUGUCACCUUCGUCUCCCUCCUGGAGACCAACAAACCAUACCUGGUAAACUGUGUCCGCAUCCCUGCUCUACAGUCCCUCCUGCUGUUCAGCCGGUCCCUGGACACCAACGGUGACUGCUCCCGCCUGGUGGCUGAUGGCUGGCUGGAGCUCCAGCUUGCAGACACUGAGAGUGCUGUCCGGCUCCUGGCGGCUUCCCUGCGGCUCCGGGCCCACUGGGAAAGCGCCCUAGACCGGCAGCUGGCCCACCAGGCCCGGCGGCGGCUGGAGGACGAAGAGGAGGAGGAGGAGGAAGCCCCCGUCAACCACCAGGAGGUGGCGGCCCUGAGCAGGGAGCUGCUGCAGUUCACGACAUCCAAGGUUUCCUACAGCCUCCGGCGGCUCACAGGGCUGGAAGCCCAGAACCUCUAUGUGGGACCCCAGACCAUCACAGCUGCCCCCAGUCUCCCUGGCCUCUUUGGCAACUCUACCCCGUCCCCCCACCCCACCAAAGGGGGCUACGCAGUCACUGACUUCCUUACCUACAACUGCCUCACGAGCGACGCGGACCUGUACAGCGACUGUCUCCGCACUUUCUGGACCUGCCCACACUGCGGCCUGCACAUGCCCCUGACGCCCCUGGAGCGCAUCGCCCAUGAGAACACCUGCCCCGAGGCCCCACAGUGCGGCCCCCCAGGGGCUGAGGAAGCUGCCCCCGAGCCCCUCCAGAAGACAUCUGCCCUGCAGAAGCCCUAUCACUGCGAGGCCUGCCAGAAGGACUUUCUGUUCACGCCCACGGAAAUCCUGCGGCACCGGAGGCAGCACGUGUGAACCCAGCCCAGCUGGGCCUGGACCAGGGCCAAGGCCAGGACUGCCGCCCUCGCCCCCAGCCUAGGCUCGGAACUGUGGUCUGGGCCCAGCCCCGAGGUGGAGGGAGCAUAAAUACAUGAAUAAACUCUCACUGAUGGA